AUGACAGAUUCAUUUUCUAAAUACUUCCCAAUACUCCUACCCAUAUUGAGUUUGUUAUCCUUUCUUCCACAGCUUCGUCAUUUGUGGAUCAGAAAGGAUGCGACCGGAAUCUCACUCUAUUAUGUUUUCUACAAUCUCAUCAGUGCUACAGAACAGUUAACCAUUACUUUUACCGCUUUGAUCAACAAUACACAAGGGUCAGACUUUUUUGUCCACGACCCCCCUACUACGGGGGACUGGAUCAAUCUGGGUCAAGUCACUGUGGUCUGGUUGCUAUCUCUUUUCUACUUUUUGGAAUGCCUAUAUCUCCCUUCCAAGGGUAGUCCUGGUCGCAAGCGCUUUGUCUUCGGCACCUAUGCCGCCUUUCUACUCAUCUCCUUGGUUCCGGCUUUCGUAAAUGCAAUCAGACUUAGCCGUGGCCUCGAAGAUCCAGACCACAGCUGGAAGCUCUCGUUAUUCCUUGGUUUACAUGUCUUAUUCUUGAAUUGGAUUGUGAUGCUUAUGGGUGUCAUCGCCGUGUACUGUCAAGCUCGUGAAAUUUUCUCGAAUCGCCUAUCGGCUCAAGCCUUUAGCAUCAUUGGGCUAGCAUCUCAGGCUGUCGUGUUUAUUGUAGUUGCUAUAACGUUGACUUUCCGGCUUCCUUUUCCAUACGAUAUGUUUGAUAUGUUGAGAAUUUCUGCCUGGGUCUCCUGGUAUCAGAUGGUUGGAUGGAUUAUCUUCGACAACGCCAUAUUCGCCGUCGGCCAAGCAGCAAUAUUGUGGCUAGUAACUCGACAUUCGGGUUGGUCACUAGCGACUAGUGACGAGAUCCAGCCUUUGCUCCAUGACUAG